AUGAAAACAGAGCCUCCCAUCGCCGUCCGCUUUCACGCCGGCGCAGCUGCACGCUCCGCCGCCGCGCCACCUCAUCGAACCUGUCAGUCCAGAUUAGAGAAAUAUGGUAAUAAAAGGCAUUCAACUUACCAGCUGUGCAUGGUGCCGGUGCCACUUAGCACCCUUAAGUCGUGGGAAUUUAAAAGGCCCACUAGUAUAUUAGUGUGUAUUCGGGUCUUUAUAUUCAUCUGUUCAUCAUGUCUAAUGCGACUAGUUGCUUGUACUCGCACGCUUAAGAUUAAUCAACAGAAAAGAAUGAAUACAACAUGCGUAUAUAUGAAAUCAAGAGUCAGGACUAAGGAAGCAACUGGGGAAAAUUUUACUUCCAACUAA